UCCGAGCGGGACUUCGGGCACGUCUGCCGCGGGGUGGCCGAGUCCCGCUCCCUCGCGCAGCUCAACCUCAACCUGGGCAUCGUCUCCAACAUCAACCGCGUCAAGCAGCUGGCCGAGGCCCUGAAGACGAACCGCUCCGUUCAGUCCCUCUUCCUCCAUGGGAGUCCCCUGACAGAUGCAGGCUUGGCCCUCCUCAACCCUGCUCUCUCCAUCCACCCCUCGCUGGUGGCUCUGGAUCUAGGAGACUGCAUGCUGGGUGAUGAAGGCAUCAACCUUAUCUGUGGGCUCCUGCCGCCUGAUGGGGCCAAGUCUGGCCUCAAAGAGCUAACACUGAGUGCCAACCCAGGCAUCACAAGUAAAGGCUGGGGACGCCUAGCCAUUGCAGUGGCUCACAGCUCACAGCUCCGUGUGCUGAACCUGGACUACAACCCCCUAGGUGACCAGGUAGCUGGGAUGCUCGCUGUUGCUGUGGCCUCCAGUCGAACCCUGGAAGUGCUGGACUUGGAGGGAACAGGACUUACCAACCAGUCAGCUCAGACCUUGCUGGACAUGGUAGAGAAUUACCCCACAGCCCUUCGGACACUCAUCCUGGCAGAGAACAACAUUAGUCCUGAGCUGCAGCAGCAGAUCUCUGAUCUUCUCUCAGAGGGUGAGGAAGAGGAAGAGACAGAGGCCCAUGAAGUAACAGCCAGGGAGAAGAACCCCUGGAUCUGCCAGAACAAUUCCAGCUCCCAGAUGGUCCUGAUGACGUCGGGGCUCGGUGACAGCCUCUUAGCAGAAACAGAAAUGUAGCUGGGCUACCCUGCCUGCUUCUGCCGAGGACAGCUCCGUGCACCCUCCAGCCCCAGCUCCGCCGGGCUCCCCAGCCCUCUUCUCACACAUUUCACCUCCUGCCGAUGCCUCCCUCGGCUCUGAGCGCAGGAGCCUGGUCAAAGCGAAUCUCUCUCUACACGCGUCUCUGUCGCCACACGCCGCUUGUGCUUGUCCCCGUCGCCGCAUGUGUAGCUCACGCCGCCCUGCCACCCCCGCGCCCGGCUGCGCCCGCAGGGCGCCGGCUGUAUUUAUUCAGAUGUGUAUAAGAGAUGUCCUUUUUAUCGCUUGUACUGCUGUCGCGAUGAGACUUUUAUAAAGGUCACAGAUGUGGUGGCACCA